AUGAGUACUUCUUUGACCCACACGGUCACUAAGAAACAUUAUGAUAAUGAAGCUGCGACGCGGGAGCGGACUUAUGACUACUUAUACGAUCCGGUGUACACCGUGUCAUCGGAGCUGGACCACACCAGGAGGGGCGUCUAUGCGAUGAAGGGUCGACUUAGGCGCGUGCCUGAGUUUGCGUCUAUGUUUAGUGACAACCCACGCUACACUGUCAAACUGAACCCUGUAGAUCCAGUCCCAGCCUUUAUUGAUCAUCGCUGGCGAGGACAUGCAGAACAGCGCAGAGAGGUGCUGCAACAGCUGGCUGGCUUUAUUCCAAAUGCUCAGACAAGGCUGAAAAGGACGAAGGGUCAUGUGACCGGGGCUGAUUACUGGAAAUACUUAAAACGCCCACUGAUUCCCUUAGCAGAGGAGUUUCCCCCAAAUUUGAUUUUGGCAUCACCAAGAAAGAACUUUAUAACCACUGAUGGAAAAAAUGAUGAGCAACAACCCACUCACUGCACUGUGGGGGUUCAGACGGACUAUAGAGAGAAUGAAACACAGACCGAUCCAUACAGUCCUGAGUAUGCAGUAAAGCCUGGGACAACUGCUUCAGAGCUUCUGCAACUGGCAGCUUUGACUUGGGGUCAUGGUUUGCCAGCAGGCCUGGCUGAGGUGGAAAUGAUAGAACGGUUACGUGCAAAGCGAGCUUGGGAGGCAAGCCUUCCUCCACUAAAUGACUUGAGUCAGCUCGACAAGAGGAGGCGUAUGAUGGAGGAGAUGGAGGCCAAGCAGUGGGCUUUCAGGGAAGGAGAAAUACAGAAGUUACAGGAGGCUCGUUUUGCUGUGCUGAAAGACCUGUUGAGGCAGAAAGAAGAGGCGCAGAGGGAUCUCACAACGGAGCGACUGAACCGGAUAUAUUCUGAGCAGCAAAAAAACAAGGAAACCAAGUUACACAAAAUUCACACUGACUAUGUCAGAUCACUAAGAAAGCUGGAAGCUAAGAGGAAAAAUGUGGAGGGGAAGCUACAGCGAUGGGACAUCAUCACUGGUUCCCAGACAUAUGUCCGUCAGACCCUCAGGAACUUUUCCACAGACAGUGACAAGUUUACAAGCCACUCCUUAAUCUCUUAUGAAGGCUUGCUAGAGUUAGAGGCAUCAGUCUUCAAGCCUCAAGUCCUCAAUGAUGUGAUCGAAGCCCCUGUGAACAAAGCAGUGGAACUAUUUAAGGAAUACAAGACCCACAGGGAGGAGAUGAAGGCACACAUGAGAGAAAAGUCCUUGCGUUUUCUUGUCAAAAAGAAGAAGCCAAAACCUCGUCCUGUCACUCCCAGAGUGGAACAACCUCUAGAGGGAGAUGAAGAGGCAGAGUUUGCAGCAAUCCACCUGCAGAAAUUACUGAGAGGAAGAAGAAUCCAGUAUGAGAUGUUUAAGGCCAAAGAAAACCAACAGGCGCUAAUCCAGGAACUAAGGACAGUCCAUGCCCUCCAGAGUGAGGAGCAGCAGUUACAGAAAGCUGACAAAGAACUUGUGUUGACCCUGGAGAAACAGAGAAACCAACAAAGACUAAAGAUCUCUCAAGAAGAGGCAUCUCAUGCCAGAGUGGUAGGUGCAGAGCUUGAGCAAGUGUUUGACACUUUGUCCAAGGAGCUGAUUCAUUUUCAGGAGGAGCGCAGGAUCCAUGCUUUUGCACUUCUGGCUGAGCGAGAGCGUCGUCGCCGAGAGGCUGAGGAGAGUGGAAGGAGACAGGUGGAGGAACGCAGGCGCAGAGAGGAGGAUGACAUCUUCAGACAAGUGGUACAGGUUCACCAGGAAAGUGUGGAUAUGUAUUUAGAGGACAUCAUAUUGGAGACCUUGGAGCAGGUAGCUGACCAGCAGGCCAGAGAGGAGAUCCGUAAGAAGGCCAAAGAGCUCAGUGAUAUUGUUUAUUCUGUGGAGGAAAGCCAGGACAACCUUCAGUCAGAGGAAAUAGUGUCAGAGCUUGUGUACAGCUUUCUUGUCCCAGAAGUGAAGAAGAGCAAUGUCAGGCAAAGAGUGCACCAAAAGCAGCUUAAACACCUGCAGGCUGCUCAAAGCAUCAUUCAGGGGACUGCUGCACCUGCUGGGAUCCAGCCUCCAGGAGCAUCUCAGAGAACUAGUUCCAGUGUAGGAACCUCCAGUGGGGUCAUCAAGGAGAUAAGCCAAGCAGAGCAGGGGAAACAAACAGAAUCCGAGUAAAGACAGGCCUAAAAUAUAGGAAGUGAUUGAUAAAAUUGUGUGCUCGUGUUUUUAAGGUAUUUGCUGUGAAUUUCAUACUAUACUUUGGGUUAAUACUCGUAAUUUUAUUCCAGAAUGAUCAGUAUAUUUGCACCGUGACUGAAGGCAUUCAAGCAAAUGUUACAUUUUCAACCUAGUUUUCUAGUUUGAUGGGACCUGAACUUAGGCAUAGAUGUUAUAGAUGAGAUUAAAAAAAUGGAAUUGGGUGUA